GCGCAAACUCCUGCAAAUAUUUCCUGCUGCUGUUAUUGAAAAAUGUUGAAAAUUUGCCAAUUCCAACCAUAAAACAAAAUAGUAUUGUUCCAAAAUAACAAAAAAAAACUCGACUAGAAUGCGGUAUCGUUCUAUUUUCCAGGCACUCGAACACAUAAAGCGAUCUUUGCCCUUGAUUCUCCUGCUGCGUAAACCCGACCUUUCGUUUUCGUUCGCCGUCAAACAGCAGGCGGAUUGUGUAGGUGGCAGUGAAAAAGAUUCAGAAAUCACCCCUCUCGAACAAACCAUGGCGGACAACAAUGGUGGGAAAAAUGGCUUGUUGUUGUACUACAAUCAGUUUUCGUUUUAUUCGCAAAAGGUUGUAAUGGCCUUGUACGAAAAAAACCUGCCCUUCGAGACUCGCGACAUUGAACUAACAGGCGAACAAUACAAACCCUGGUUCUUGCAAAUAAAUCCCAAAGGCGAAGUUCCUGUACUGCAAGACACUGGCAAAAUAAUUCCCGAUUCAUCCAGAAUAAUUGAUUAUUUGGAAGACAAUUUCAGUAAUGGUGAUACCCCACGCUUGAUUCCGAUUGAUCAAGGCCCAGAAGUGCGUCAAAAAAUCAAUCAUUUUAGGGAUUUGAUUGAUACAAUUAACGGUAACGUGCUUACUAUAGGUUCAAUGAUUCAUCCAGAACUGGCAACUGGGUCUAAAAAAGUGCCUUUUAUAGCCCCUGUACGAAAACAACUAGUAAAUGCUGACAAAAAUAGUGCUGAUAAUUUGAGAAAGUAUGCGCAAGAGAACCCUGACGCCAAAGAAAUGCUGCUCGAAAAGGCAGAAAACCAAGAAAAGAAACGUGAAAAGUUGCUAAACAAAGACGAGUUUUUAAAGAUUUGCCAACAGGCUGAAAAAGUUUUAGAUGAAGUUGAAGCAGAAUUAAGCCAGCACACAAACGGCAAACAAAAUUGGUGGCUGUGCAGUGACAAAUUCACAAUUCCAGACAUUUCCUUGACUAUUCUUCUGCUCCGUAUCAACCAAAUAGGCAUGGAACCGUUUUUUUGGACUGACGGGAAACGUCCCAACAUUGAAAAGUACUUCAAUCGAGUACAAGAACGAGACUCUUACAAGAAAACCGUCCCUGGUACUUUCAGCCUCAUCAAGACAAUAUUUAAAAAUCAAGCGCCCUUAAUUUUAGGGGUUAGUAUUGCGGCUGCUAUUGCUUUAAUUGUUGGCGGUUGGUUUGUAGUCAGGAAAAUUAUGCGGAAAUAGAUUUGCAUGGUCACCGUCAACAAAUUUUAAGUUUGCAAAAAUAAAAAUGAGUUAUUUGUUUGUUGACAGGGGCUGUUCAGACGAGGCAAUCAUUAGGAAGGAGGACAUGUAGUGAAAGCAUUUAAUUGUUAAUUAAUUAAGCAUAAUUGUUUACACAGCCAAAAAAAAUUUAAUGAGCUCGAAAAUAAUUGUCUCAAAUCGCCGAUGAUAUUUGUAUUGAAUUGUUUAUUGGGAUUUGAAUAAAUAUUUUUUGUAUUUAGUUUUUUACUUAAAUUGAUUACAAUUAUGUAAUUAGAUAUUAUUGUCAAUACCUGGGAAAUUAGGGAGACACAUCCACUUACCAAUUUUGUUACUAAUAAUAUUUAUUUGCCAUUAUGAAACACAGUUUAGUAUUAAGUAAACACCUAAAUCAACUAAAAAUUUCCAAAAUAAACAAUCAGUCAGUACCAAAUAUAAUAUGAAUAAAAACUAAAAUAUUAUUACACAUAACAUACUAAUUAAUUCUAGAAUAGUGUCACAAGAUUUCACAGCCCUAGAACAUGCCAAAAAUCAAUUUAUCAAUAAUGUGAAAUCUUCGAGACAUGUUUCAACCUACAAAUAUUUCCUAAAUAGUAAAAAACGUGUCGUGUUUAUACAAGUAAACAGCUAUUGCCACCCACAAAAAGGUACCCCACAAAUUCAUAAACAAAUAAGCGUUGUGCGUUUCAACUGUGGGAAUCCAUCCAAAGGGGAAGGUGUUUUUGAAAAUUUCGUGUCCCACAUACAAAAAUACGGCGUUCAUUCCCGGAUAGAAAAACGGCCUUCCGCCCCACUUGCGCAAAAUAUCGACCAUCAAAAAGAGGAAGGCCUGGAUCAAAAAAGCCAUUCCGGCAGUAACUAGGGUGUAGGACAAAGACCAAAGUUGUUUGUUUAUUGGUAUGGGGCCGUCAUCUCUUUUGAAUUCGCACAGAAUACC